AUGGUGAUGCUGUCUGUUUUCGUCUCUAGCCUGAUGGCUCUGGGUGCCGUGGCUGGUCCUGUGGAUCAAGUUGCCAAAAGAGCUGACAGAAAUGGGCUCAUGAUGCGGCGUCAAGCUGAAGCCGGCGCUGCUGGUAUCGGCGGUGGCGCUGGUAUCGGCGGUGGCGCUGGUAUCGGCGGUGGCGCUGGUAUCGGCGGUGGCGCUGGUAUCGGCGGUGGCGCUGGUCUCGACGGUGGCGCUGCUGGUCCCGGCGGUGAUGCCGGCGCUCCUGGUCUCGGCGUUGGUCCCGGCAGUGAUGCCGGUGGCGCUGGUCUCGACGGUGGCGCUGGUCUCGACGGUGGCGCUGCUGGUCUCGGCGGUGAUCCUACCAACCAAAUGGCUCCUGCCAUGUGUCAAAUUCCCUGCUCUGCUUUGCAGGGGAUCCUUGGGAACACUCAGGGACAGCAAGGCCAGGCGCCCCCUCCGCCCCCUGACGUUAGUCAGGGUCAGCAAGGCCAGUUGGGCCAGCCGCCUAGUCUCGGCCAGUCGGGCCAGGAUGGUGGUCUCGGCCAGUCAGGCUUUCAGGGCACUGCUUAG